GUGUGCGUGUGUUUCCGUUGACAGUUGGAAGCGUCGACAUAAAACUUUCCUCCUCCUCCGGAUCUGACCAGACCUUCCGAGCCCCGCGUUCAACGCUACAAACUCCUGUUCACCUCCCGAGAACCGCCUGGAGCUACGGGACCAGAGGCGGGUUCCAGACGCUGACUUCCUGACAACUUUGUAGAACUUCUUUAAAGCUGGAAGAUAAAAGCGCAGCUAAUUCCGUUAGCCGCCGACUGACCCCGACUCCUCCCGACGGCCUCCCUCGGUCCGGACCGACCCGACCUCUGCGUGAAAGGAUCGAAACGUUGCGGGACAUGGACCCUGGAAGCAGUUAACAGUCCGGGGGACGGAGGACUCUCUGACUUCUUCUCUCGCCCUCCCCGCCACGUCUCCGGGGUUUUCGGAAGCCGCCCCCCCCCGCAGCCACCCAGGAUGCCCGCAGACUCCUCCGGGAACUUCAGCCUCCUCCAGCGGACCUGCAAGCUGGUGGUGCUGCUGUGUUUCCUCCACAUCUCCGUCACCGUCGUCUUCUACGUCCGCUCCCUGGACCUCCGGUUCGCCUUCGUCCACAACCACAAGACCCAGAGGAACGAUACACAGUCGAACCGGGUCACGAGACCCGGCAUCGCCUCCCCAACUGAGCCCCCGGGGCCGGAAGAGGAGCCCAGACUUCCGCAGGAGACGGAACCGAAUCCGGUCAAGAAGCUGGAGAAAUGUCCCGAGACAUCCCCGCUGCUCGUGGGUCCUCUGCGGGUGGAGUUCAACACCCCCGUGAGCCUGGACCAGGUCCGCAGAGACAACCCCAACGUGGAGCGUGGUGGACGCUUCAGGCCCAGAGACUGCGAGGCGCUGCAGAAAGUCGCCAUCAUCAUCCCCUUCCGCAAACGGGACGAGCACCUGAAGUUCUGGCUCCAUUACCUGCACCCCAUCCUGCAGAGGCAGCAGCUGGACUACGGGGUCUAUGUCAUCAACCAGGACGGAGAUGUCACCUUUAACCGAGCCAAGCUGCUGAAUAUCGGCUACGUGGAGGCUCUGAAGGAGUACGACUACGACUGCUUCGUCUUCAGCGACGUGGACCUCAUCCCCAUGGACGACCGCAACACCUACAAGUGCUUCAGCCAACCACGACACCUGUCGGUCUCCAUGGACAAGUUCGGCUUCAGGCUGCCCUAUAACCAGUACUUCGGAGGCGUGUCUUCCCUGAGCAAAGAGCAGUACCUGAAGAUCAACGGCUUCCCCAACAACUACUGGGGCUGGGGGGGGGAGGAUGACGACAUCUACAACAGGCUGGCGUCUAAAGGAAUGUCCAUCUCCAGACCCAGUGGCGAGGUGGGGAAGUGCCGGAUGAUACGACAUGCCCGGGACAAGGAGAACGAGCCGAACCCUCAGAGGUUCGACCGGAUCGCCCACACCAGACAGACCAUGUACCAGGACGGCAUCAACUCCCUGUCCUACCGAGUGGUGCGCGUGGACAAGCUGGACCUGUUCACCAGGAUCACAGUGGACGUGGGCAAACCCUGACGGUUCUGGCCCACAACACAGACUGAGACUCGUGGGAUUGGAACCGAUCAGACGCUGGCGCUGUCCCACUUCGUGAACCAGACUUUUAUUUUGAAAUUGUGAUGGACAAUCUGCCUGUGGGGUCACGUGAUCAGGGCCCCACUGCUGUGGCAUUAUGGGUAAUAAACAGGAGGUUCUGAUGUUCUGGUUCUACAUAAAGUCUCACAAAGGCCCCUGAACCAGAACCUGAACCAGAACCAGACCAGCCUCCUGUGUGUGUGUGUGUGUGUGUGUCAUGAAGUGAUUGAUAGACGCUUUAAACAAUCAUAGACUGACUGACUGGUUUCUGACUGACUGACUGGUUCCUGACUGACCUUUUCCCGACUGACUGGUUCCUGACUGACUGGUUCCCGACUGACUGACUGGUUCCUGACUGACUGGUUCCCGACCUUAUGGUUGCCGACUGACUGGUUCCGGACUGACUGGUUUUUGACUGACUGGUUCCCGACCUUAUGGUUCCCGACUGACUGGUUCCUGAUUGACUGACUGGUUCCUGACUGACUGGUUCCCGACCUUAUGGUUCCCGACUGACUGGUUCCUGACUGACUGGUUAUUCACUGACUGGUUCCUAACUGACUGACUGGUUUCUGACUGAGUGGUUCCUGACUGACUGACUGACUGGUUCCUGACUGACUGACUGGUUAUUGACUGACUGGUUAUUGACUGACUGGUUCCUGACUGACUGACUGAUUAUUGACUGACUGACUGGUUCCUGACUGACUGAGUGGUUAUUGACUGACUGACUGGUUAUUGACUGGUACCAAAGACCUGAUCCUAUGAACGAGGGCGAGUUUGUCUGAUGUUGGACGUCUUUUAUUCUUCCUCAGCUUUAAUGUGCCUUAAAGACUCUGUGGAGACAAUGUCCCUGUCUCCGUCUCUGUCCCUGGUUUGACUAUACAGAAGCACAGCUCCCCCUGCUGUCCAGUCUCAGCUCUGCGGUGGUGACCAGGUCCAGAUGCAGGUUUAUAUGAUGAAAAAGGAGCUCAGAACCAGGUUCCACAGCCGCCUCUAAAGAACCAGAUGAAUGUUUAGGGACGAGUCAAAGUCCUGAUGUUGUAGCAUCAGUUGAUGAGAAGAAACCACCAACAUCUCACAGCUGAAGCUACGGGAUCAGAUUCCUGCUGCUGUAGACGCUGAUCAGCUGUUACCACAAACGUUUAGUGUGAAGGACUCACGGACUCAGCAACAUGAUCGACACUGGACCAGUUUCACGUCACAGUUCUGGUUCUUUGUCGACUUUCAGGAUGAUUUGAGUCGUUUUAUGAAGAAAUGUUUCAACUGAGUUCAUCCAGUCAUGAAACCUGAGAGAGAUGAACCUUUAGCUGGUAGCUGACGCUAGCUGAUGCUAGCUGAUGCUAGCUGAUAGCUGGUGCUAGCUUAUAGCUGAUGCUAGCUGGUGCUAGGUGGUAGCUGAUGCUAGCUGGUGGCUGAUGGUAGCUGAUGGUAGCUGGUGGCUGAUGGUAGCUGGUGCUAGGUGGUGGCUGAUGGUAGCUGAUGCUAGCUGGUGGCUGAUGCUAGCUGGUGUUAGCUGGUAGCUGAUGGUAGCUGGUGCUAGCUUAUAGCUGAUGGUAGCUGGUGGCUGAUGGUAGCUGGUGCUAGGUGGUGGCUGAGGGUAGCUGAUGCUAGCUGGUGUUAGCUUAUAGCUGAUGCUAGCUUGUGCUAGGUGGUAGCUGAUGCUAGCUGGUGUUAGCUUGUAGCUGAUGGUAGCUGGUGCUAGCUUAUAGCUGAUGGUAGCUGGUGCUAGGUGGUAGCUGAUGCUAGCUGGUGGCUGAUGCUAGCUGGUGUUAGGUGGUAGCUGGUAGCUAUGCUGAAGCCCGUUUCAUUCUACUCAAGCUGAAAUAUUAAUGGUUCAUGGUGAGUCAGCCUGUGGCGCCACCUACAGGCCUGGAUGUAUCCUGGUUAACCACUAAACAAUAAACCAUUAUUCAAA